UUGGCUUCCGGUUGGAGGUAAACAGUUUUGCUCAGUUUCCAUUUGCUGUGUGACAAAAUAUCGGAUGAUUUUUUAGUGCGGCGAAAUAAAUUAAUGUGGAAAUUACCGACCAACCGCUGAAAUUUGGAGGAUUAAGAAUAAACUCCUGAAGGGCCGGGGUCGCCGCUCCAAGAUGGCCACAGUAGGAGAAACUGCACCGAUCAGUAAUCAUACAAUUGACCGCUCCACAAAGGCCAAGGUUACAUUAGAAAAUUAUUUUUCAAAUCUUGAAGCACAUCAUGCUGAAAGAGAAAAUAGGUAUAGACUAUUAGAACAGUCUAUGGAAGAAGAAGGUCUUUCAACUGAACAAAAAGAGGAAAGAAGACAACAGCAUGCUACCAAAGAAACAGAAUUUUUACGAUUAAAACGAUCUCGACUUGGUGUAGAUGAUUUCUCACCACUAAAAGUCAUUGGAAGAGGCGCAUUCGGCGAGGUGCGUCUAGUCCAGAAGAAAGAUACCGGCCAUGUUUAUGCAAUGAAAAUAUUACGCAAAAUGGAUAUGUUAGAAAAAGAUCAGGUUGCCCACGUACGAGCUGAACGUGAUAUAUUAGUAGAAGCAGAUCAUCAGUGGGUAGUUAAGAUGUAUUAUUCUUUUCAAGAUGCACAGAAUCUUUAUCUUAUCAUGGAAUUUCUUCCUGGUGGUGAUAUGAUGACUUUGCUAAUGAAGAAAGACACAUUAACAGAGGAACAAACUCAAUUCUACAUCUCGGAGACAGCACUAGCCAUAGAAUCUAUACAUAAACUCAACUUUAUUCAUCGUGAUAUUAAACCAGAUAACCUUUUAUUAGACUCUAGAGGACAUAUCAAAUUGUCAGAUUUUGGAUUAUGUACAGGAAUGAAAAAAUCCCACAGAACAGAAUUUUAUAAAGAUUUAUCUCAGGCCAAACCCGGUGACUUCUCCUCCGGUAAUCCCAUGGAUUCUAAACGAAAAGCAGAAAGUUGGAAACGUAAUAGACGAGCAUUGGCAUAUUCUACAGUUGGUACUCCUGAUUAUAUAGCACCAGAAGUGUUCAUGCAGACUGGUUAUAACAGCUCCUGUGAUUGGUGGUCGCUAGGUGUCAUUAUGUAUGAAAUGAUGAUUGGUUACCCUCCAUUUUGUUCUGAAAAUCCUCAGGAAACUUAUCGUAAAGUAAUCAAUUGGCGAGAUACUCUGGUCUUUCCACCUGAUGUUCCUAUAUCUAAUGAAGCUAAAGAAGUCAUACAAAGGUUUUGCUGUGAUGGUGAAAAUAGAUUAGGUGCUGGAGGUUUAGUUGAGAUAAAAUCUCAUCCAUUCUUUCAACCAGUUGAUUGGGAUCAUAUCAGGGAGCGUCCAGCAGCAAUACCAGUUGAUGUAAAGGGAAUAGACGAUACGUCAAAUUUUGAUGAUUUUCCAGAAAUAGAUUUAAAACUAACCUCUCCACCCAAAGAAGAAGAUAUACCGGACUCUAAAUAUAAGGACUGGGUGUUUAUAAAUUAUACAUAUAAACGGUUUGAGGGUUUGACACAGAGAGGUUCUCGAUCACCACUUAACAAGAGCUAGAGAUAUAUAAAAAAUAUAUAACUUAUAUGUGAUAUAAAAUGUUUUAUUGCAAGACCUAUAUAAAAAAAAAAAUUAAUUCUUUGUUUAAUGCUUAUAUUUACAGACACUUAAACUUAUUGUAGGUUAUGUUUUCUGAGAGGAAAUAAAUGUUUUGUUGCUUAAUUGAUUAAAGAUCAGAUCGAUAGGAAAUGUGCCAAAAUUCUUGUAUUUGGAAAAGUUGACAGCCAUAAAGAUAUAACUAUAUUUAAAUUAAAGGAGCUAGAUCUCUAUUCUUUGGAACCAAAAAUGAACGAAAAUUGGUUAAAGAGCAUAUAUUAAUGUAAUAUGAGUGUAUAUAAAUAGUAAGAUAAUAACAUCAGUAUUGAUUGGUAGGAACCAAUAAUUCGAGUUUGUAAUUGUAAGAAAACAAUAUCGAUUGGAUUAAACCAAUAAUUCGAGUUUGUAAUGUUGAAGACUCUGGACAAUGAAUUAGAGCUUUACACCCUUGAACACAAGGUACAAUUGUAUGGAAACACAAUUUCUGAGUUUAUUACCAUGUGACGUUUCAACAAGGAAACUCUCGCCUUUAUCAAGCAAACGAUCUUACGUUAAUAUGUUCAAUUACUAAAUACCUAUCGAAGAAGUUAUAUGUAGUUCGGCUGUAAUGUUGACUCUUCUAGUGAGGGCCCUCAAUAAAAACAGUGCUCUAAUGAUUUAAAGUGUCUAUUAAUAAGCUUUUUAGAGAUAUAGAUAAAAUGCUUUAUUACAAUCCAAUUAAAAUACAGAUCUACAUUUCGUUUCGUUUCGUUUUUUAUUUCGAUGGCCUACGCUACAUGAAAGUCUGACCGAUUGUAGCGAUAGGUCAUGUCAAAGGUCAUGCGUGCGGCUUUUGACCCUAUGAUGUCAGACAUAUGAUUAACCAAUCAGCAUUGAUGUUAUUAGUGGAUUACCCACAGUUCCGUGCAAAACAUGCCUAAAGCUCGCCAUAACAGACUGUUUCAUUGGCUAAUCCCCCAUAUCAUCCAGAACAUGUUAGUGAUAACAACACUUCCAGAUCCUAGUGUAGGAAAAACAAGUAAAAUGAAAUUUUGAACUAUAAAAACGAAACGAAAUAGAGUCUGUGUUUUAAUAAGAUUGUGCUUUAUUAGUGUCUAAUAUACAAUAUAUAUUGUUGAACUUAGGUGUAAUUAAAUUACAAGAGUUGUUAAUUUAGAUUUAUUUUUUUGCGUUAAACAAAGAAUUUAUUGUACGGUCUUGGUUAUUGUCCCAAAUCAUAUCGAAAGUUUGCUUCUUUAUUUUUGUCAGAAGUUAGCUUCAGGAUGAAAGGGAAUUCUUUCAUCUUAUUGCAAUCUUCAAGUAAUAUUGUAUCCAUAAUUAUUAUUCCCAUUGUCAUUGUUUUUUUUUCUUUUUGUUAAUUUUGAGAAAAGAUUUUCAUCAUCUGAGAAAAUGUGAAGAUCUAAUGAAAUUAGAUUAAAUGUUUUGUUGGUUAAUUAUAUAUUAUUUUUUUUCCGUGUGUAGAAAGAUUUAAUUUGCACACCUAAUAUUGUUAUUAUGGCUUCCACACAUUAGAAUUAGGCAGUGAAAUAGCUGGCAAAUUUGUGGAAUGCCAAUUAGAUUCAUUUGUAUGGAUUGUCACAUCUACCAAAAUGUUAAAUAUUGUUAUAAAAGAAUUUGAUUUUUUGUUGUGGAUGGUUGACCACACAAGUAGAUCUAAGUGGUUUUCUUUCUCACAGAAAUGUCUUGUAUUAAUAUUUUGUUCAGUUAGAAUUUUAAAAAUAUCCACUCAACAUGCAGUUCCAAAUUAUUUUUCACUAUGGUUAUUUAAUUCUAAACUUGAUACUUGAUUUGUAAGUCUUUAAAACACUGCACUAAGUAAAAUAAAUGUAACUCUAAAAUUCGCUUUAAUUGUCUUAGGAAAGUGAUGAGAUGUUUUGUAUCACAUAGUUAAUUUUGCAGUGAAGUCUAGGCCCUUAGAUCUUGAAACUUUAGCAGAUUUACAUAGAUUUUUUCGAAUCUAUGAAUGAAUGUAAUUUGAAUUAUUUCUUAGUAGCAUGUAAGUCUUAGACGGUUUCUUGAUCUUUGGGCCAUAAUGAAAUAUAAUAAUGGCUUUAACACUACAAGCACCAAUAGAUCUGAACAAAUGAUAAAAUCUUGAAAUGAUAUUCAAACUCCUGAUUUUAAAAUUCUUAACUGCAUUUACUUUAAAACCCUGCACGGAAAUGUUAAAACUAGAUUUUCUGCGAUUUCACUACUGUGUUAAACCAUCCAGCAAGCAAGCUAUACUAAAAGCUGGGGCCUGUUUCACGAAAUCUUAACUAAAGAUAAAAUCCAAAUUUUAGUAGAUACUUCAAUUUUGAUUGGGUAAGCACUAAAAUCAAUCUAAUAUUAUCCAAUCAAAUUACUAAAAUUUGGAUUUUAUCUUAGUUAAAAUUUCGUGAAACAGGCCACUGAACUAUUAAAAUGCAUUAAAGGGAGAUAAUUUUAUUUUCUCUGAUUUUUGUCCCCAAAAUUAGUAUUUUCACACAAAAAAUAGUUUGUUCCUAGUUAGUCUCAAGUAAACUUGUGUGGCAUUAAAAACAAAACAACAUGGGGUAUUGAUAUUUAGAUAUUGGGAUAUAUUAACAUCAUCAAAUAUAUUCUCAUUAAAUUCAUGACAUUUCAUAACUAAAUAAAAAACAUUUAUAAAAACAAUAUUCUAUAUCACCAUAUCUCAUUAUACAACAUCUCUCUUUGUAUAACAAUUUGUUUUAUUUGUAAAAUCAUUUAAUAUGUAUUUAUAUCAUUAUAUUAAUAAACAAAAAUUCCCUCUUUGUGUAAUGUGGAGUUAGCUCCCUUGGCUGGGUAUAAUCAACUCUGGUUAUUUUUCGAUGAAAUUGAAGUAAAAUUAAACCAUGCUUUAUUUUUAAUAAAUAAAAAUGUGGAUUAACAACAUUUUAUUUUUAAAAGGAUCCAUUGAGGCAGAGCUUGCGCUAUAAAUUAUAUUUAUUCCAUGCAUAUUCUAUCAUUUGGGGUAUACCAGAAACUUCUCUGUCCUCUGUCCGGCCUUAAUCUGAACUUCUUCAGGAUUGCCAUGAGCACAAUCUUUUCGGUUUAAAUUCAAUCACUAAAGAACAAUCUGAGUUUAAAUCGACAUUACACAAUGAGGGGAACCCCCAUUUUAGGACAGCAUGUUUCUGUAGAAUUACCUUUAUUUAUUUUUUGUUUUGUUUUUAGUUUGUGUUGAUUUUUUUUUAACCUUAUGUCUCCAUAUUUAUUUAAUUUUGAUGAAAAGAAAAUAAUAAUGAUGAUAAUUUAGGAAACUAGAAGUUAUUUGCUAUCUUUAUUUAUUUGUAUCUUUAAUAUUAAUAUUGACAUUCCAAAUGGUGGCAGUGCUAGAAAUAAAUUUUAAAAGAAAAGGAAUAUGAUGUGGACAAAUUAAUCGAAAGUUUGGUUUUUAUUUGGAUAAUUAAUGUAUUACCUCAUUGAAAUAACCCUGUGAUCAACCAGACGUUACUUCAUCUGUUUCGAGUGAUCGAAAUAUGAUUGAAAAUCUCGAAUAAUUUCUAUCUCCAUUGCAUAUAAGUAAGGGGUGUUAGAAAAACUUUACAAGACAAACAAAAUAUCUGAAUGUUUAUUUAUAAUAAUGAUGUUGACUCGUUUCAGAAUCAGGGAGUGUAUUCACAAAAACUUGAACUAAAAUAUGUUGAGAAUUCAACCCUUUCAUUGGUCAAGAGGUAAAAUUUGUAUUGGGAUCUGAACUCUCAACCAAUGAAAUGCCUGUAUCCAUAAAAUAUAUUACUUAAGUUUUGUGAUUUAGGCCUCACCAAUUUGAAUUUCUGUUCUUCAGGCAAAAAUUAGUUGUCCUUCUCAAAAGUUUUUAGUACAAAAUAUUUAAGUGUUAAAAGUUUAACAAAACGGGGGGGGGGGGGGAUGGCCGAAUGGUAAGUAUGUUGUAUCAUAAAGUCUGUCAUUGGGUUACCUGCCGUGGUUUCGAUUCCACGGUUGUAUGUGACAACCUCGUGGGUUUUCCCCCAUGUCCUACGGUUUCCUCCCACUGCUAAAAAACCCUACGCGCAAGCGAAUUAUUGAUAUAAAAUUGAACCAUAUGUUAGUCUCGAAAUAACCUAGUUUAUGUCGAGUGGAAGAUAAAUCCCAUUUCUUUCUCUCUCUCUUUGAUCUAAACCCUGAAGAACUAAGAUUAAAUUGGUUUUACCAUAGGGCCCUGAUUCGUAGAAGAUAGAAAUUACAUACUAAAUACUAAAGGGAACAUCUUAUUAAGGUAUUUUGAAUGUCACUGAGUGUAAGAUUACAGUGAGUUAAACUUGUUAGUAAAUAUUUUUUAAAAAUUGAUAUUCAUCUAUUCCCUGGGUUACAAAAUUUUUGACAAAAUAUUACAAAGUCUCACCUGACAACGAAAAAAGAAAAUAGUCUGUAUUAUUCCUAAAUAGUUGAAUAAAUGAUUGACAUUUAAAAUCAAUAUUUGACAGGUGAGAAAAGAUGUCAGCUAUGAAGUUAAUUUUUGCUAUGUCUAAAACAAAUUUUAGGUUAGAGAUCAGUUUUAGCCAUGUCUGUGAAAAUUUCAAGACCCAUGUUCUAGACUGAAUAUCAAUCGUAUGAAUACCGUCAGGGAACUUAUUCACCAGAACUUAAAAUAGUUUUAAGAAUGCAGCCAAUCUCAUUAAAAUACAGAUCUUUAUUUCGUUUUGUUUUUUUUAUAUUUUCGAUGGCCUCCAUUACAUAAUAUCAGAUCAGUUUGACCCUAUAAGGUCAGUCAUUUGAUUAACCAAUCAGCUUCAGUGUUUCAAGUGGGUAUUUGGAAAUACAACUUUUGCUUUGUAUCGCUGCGAAUGUCAUCCCACAGUUAAGCGUGCCAGUCGAUAAGAACUCUACAUCUACCAGAACGCAGGUUAUUUAAUUAACUAAUCUUCCUGAUCCUAGUGUAUUGAAGACAAGUAAAACAAAAUUUUGAACUAUAAAAAAAAUGAAACGAAAUAGGGUCUGUGUUUUAGUCAGAUUGAGAAUGCAGCCUUUUUAUUUGCCAAGAGCAUAAAAUUGUUGUUAUGAUUUUCGUGCUCAGCGACGAAUAAAACAUCAGUAUUCUUAAAUUGUUUUUAUAGUUUUCGUGCCACCUGGAUAAUUAUAGAUAAUUAAUUUAUGUAUGCUGUUGACUUGGCGCUUGGUGUCAUGGUUAUAACUUGGUUGUGUUUGCAUGCCUUAAAUAUAUAUAUAUAUAUAAUAUUCUCCAUCGGCAGGAUAGACGUAAAUAUUCUAUUUUUAGUCAGGUUCGAUAUUUUUACAUGGCUUUAAGUGUAACCCGUAUGUAAUGUACAUUUCAACAAAUUGUUUAAAAAGAUGUCAAUAUUUGCAUUUUGCCUUAUGUACGAAAUGUGUAAAAUUGCAUGUAAAUGGAAGCUGAUGUGCUAUUUUGACGUUGAAUAUAUUUCUAUGAAAUACCAAGAACUGUAGAAAAAAGUACAAAUAACAUGAUUAAUCAGUUAUUAUAGUUAUAAUUUGAUGAAUCAGUUAUUACAGUUAUAAUUUGAUGAAUCAGUUAUUACAGUUAUUAUUUGAAACAAUAUUUUAUUAAUAAACUAUAACACAUACAAGAACAAUUACUAAUUCAUUUAAGUGGAUAUAAGACGCUGGCUCGCUAGUCUGGAGAUCGCGGGUUCGCUCCCGGUGUUACCCGAGAAAGUUCAUCAGGAUUUUCUAGCAUUGUUUCCCCUUGUCACUGGUGCAGGACAGAGGGCCUGACAAGGAUAACUCUCUAGUCAUUCAGGAUAUGAAAAACUGAGGGCCCAUGUACACAUUGGCGUGCACGUAAAAUAUUCCUUGGCAGUUGGAAUUUGAUAUAAGAGUAGGCUGUAGUGCCGCUGUCAGGGCAAAAUUUCAUUAGCCCAGUCUGAGCAGAACAGUAGGACGUUAAAGCCGAUUUCAUUUCAGUAAUUUAUUUAUGUGAUGUUUUGAAGAGUAUUGUUUGAAACCAUUGAGAUAAUACUCUUCACAAUGUCAUCUAAAUAACUUAGUAAUUGUUCUUCCAUAAGUAUGUGUUAUAAUUUCUUGCUCUAUUCAGUUACUAACUGCCUCUAAAAGAUUUUCUAUUAUAUUAUUAUUUUACGAAUUAUGGUUGAUUCUUCAAUUUUAAGAAUUCCCCGAUAUUUCACAAUAUACAGACUAUUUCUUUUCGAAAAUUAUUAUUAAUAAAUCUGAUCAGAAGAAAUAAAACACAGAUAGGUGUGAAUCCAGUUGGUUGUUUUGACAUAAAAAGAUUUUAUAAAGGUGUCGGCUCAUUUCUAUGUAGUUGAAUCAUUUAAACCAAGGUUUCCCAACCUUUUUCGUUCAGUUCACCUCUGGCAACUUUUCUAAAGUAAAUUACCUGCACUCUGUUCAGUAAUUUGGGAUGACACUUCUGCCAUAGUAAAACAACUUAAAGAUAGAAAGUUUUGAAAUAUUCAUUUUAACAUUAUUUUAAAUUAAAGUAAUAACAACACAUAACGAUGUUAUUUCACUUAUUCAUGAAUAAAUAUUGAGGAAUAUAAACAUCCAUAGGUGAAUUAUAAUAUUUAAAACCGAAAAAUUUACUCCCUGUGAAGGUAAGAUUUACCUGAGUUUGGAAAUCCUUGUUUUUAAAACUCUUGAUAAUGUUUAAACAGUUAACAUGAGAACUUACCUUAAAUGUUUGAUUAAAUGAUAAUUGAUGUUUAGAAUUAUGGCCUUUAAUGUCAUUUUAAAAACCCUGCGUUUGUCUGUAAUAUCAUCUAACUUAAAUCAUGGGACUGGGCUUAAUUUAAAUUAUUGAAGUGUUCAUCAUGUGCAACUAAUUUUUGUAACAUUUUUAAUUAGGUAUUAUUUUCUUGUCCACAUUGACAUACAUACAUGUAUGUAAUAUGUAUAUUAAUAUUUAACAUGUAUGUUUUACAUUUUGCACUUUUAAUGACAUCAGUGGUCUAGUACCACAAUAUAUGAGUUAUUUCCCUUUUUGCAAGUUCAAGUUGAGUAUGAGUUAAUCUCAUUUUCAGAAAAGGUGAAUAGGCUAUAGUAUUUUUCUAAAGAAAAACAACCAAAGUGACCCGAGAUGUGGAUUGAUGUAGACUAAUAGACAUUUGGCAAUAAUGUUGAAAAGAGGUAUUCCAAAGUGCACAAUAAAAGCCCCAUGAUCUGUUGACCAGGAUGGAACAAAUAACCCAUGAUGUUCACGAUUCACAGACUUGAAUUUUUUUAGUAAAUGUAAAAGGUCUCAAAAAAAAAAAGGUUAUUGAUCAAAUCGUCUCAAAUUUGGUGUGCGGGCAUUUCUAGUCACUCUUAACAAGUCUCUACAAUCAUGGGAAGUACUAAGUGUUUGAAAGCGCACUAGCACCAUUUAUCCCAGUUUCUCAACAAGAUAGUCUUAAAAUGAUCCCACAGAAGGGGAAGUAACUCUGUAAGGACCAAACAGAAGGGGAAAUAACUCUGUAUUAGAACAUCAUUUAAUAUCAUCAUACUAUCCACCACGUGAUGAAUGUGAGCACAUUUUUGUUAAAUUUUUAAAAUUUUUGUGGGUUGACGUGGACCCUAUCUCUAGCAGAGUUUGGUCCAUUUUCGUUACAUCUAUUUCUUUCUUUUCGAUGGUAUUUUUUAGACCAAUAUUUCUGUAUAUUAUUGUCAGUUGUCAUAUUUUAACAUCUCUUUGGUGCCUUGUACAUUGUAUGCUUUAAAAUUUACUGUUUUUGAGAUGACAGGAUAUAUGGAUAUGCAUAAAUUACUUGACACAGCCGAAGAGGCACAAUUAGACCACAUCAGAGGCGGACUGACCAUACGGGCAAUGCUCGGUGGGCUGGGUCCACCAGGUAAUAUAUGACCCACUAGAUACAAAUAGUGCCGAAAAAACAAUUAAUAAAUAUUGGGACAGCCUCGUUUUAAUCCCUUGUCUUCUAUUAGACCACACAUUGAAUUCUUGGACAGUAUUAGACAUUUACAUUUAGUAAAUCCACAAUAAUCCCCAGUCUGCUGCUGGACUACACAUUGAGUUCUUGGACGGUAUUAAACAUUUACACUUAGUAAUUCCACAAUAAUCCCAGUCUGUUACUGGACUACACAUUGAGUUCUUGGACGGUAUUAAACAUUUAUACUUAGUAAUUCCACAAUAAUCCCCAGUCUGUUACUGGACUACACAUUGAGUUCUUGGACGGUUUACACUUUUUACACUUUGUAAUUCCACAACCUAAUUGUUUCAAACAAAACCUGUCAUCUUGUAAAAAGAAAGCUAAGUAUCCAAAAGGCAUCAAAAUAAAGGCAUGUUGAUCAAUAUAUAGUCUCUAUCUACCAGUGAAAAAUAUGGGUCUACUAUUUUUUUUCUCUUAUUAUUAAGGUUUUGAUCAUGUGAUAGUAAUAUUUAAAGAAAAAAAGAUAUUGUACCAUAUAAAGACAUUUAUAACCCAGUGAGUGAUAGCUAUUGGAUGUAUAUAAUUCUACAAAAACAACAUAUAACAAAUAAAAAGUGUAAAUACUUAUA